AUGGAGAUUCCUGCUGGGGCCCAGCACGCCUUCCCCAAGAGCCUCCUGCUCUCAGCCUCCAUCCUGGCCCUCUGGGUCCCCCAAGGCUCCUGGGCAGCCCUCCACAUCCAGAAGAUUCCGGAGCAGCCUCAAAUGAACCAGGACCUUCUCCUGUCUGUCCAGGGCAUCCCAGACACCUUCCAGGACUUCAGCUGGUACCUGGGGGAGGAGGCCCAUGGAGGCACAAUGCUAUUCACCUACAUCCCCAAGCUACUACGACCCCAGAGGGAUGGCAGUGCCAUGAAUCAGCGAGACAUCGUUGGCUUCUCCAACGGCUCCAUGCUGCUGCGUCGCGCCCAGCCCAGCGACAGCGGCACCUAUCAGGUAGCUGUCACCAUCAACCCUUCCUGGACCAUGCGGGCCAAGACUGAGGUCCAGGUGGUCGAAAAGCCUAAGGAGCUGCCCGUUACCAACCUGCCUGUGAGUGCUGGGAUUGUGGCUGCUAUUGUCAUUGGAUCUCUUGCCACUGGGUGUAUCUUCGUCGGCAGCAUUGCCUAUCUCCUGGUGACAAGAGGCUGGAGGGCUCAGAACCACAGGAUAACAACGGCAGAGAAACCAGAGCUGGGCCCCAGUCAUCAUGCCGGUGACGACAUCUAUGAAGCAAUGCCAUCGCCAGUCCUCCUGGUGUCCCCUCUCGGUGACAUGGGGCCCAUGAACACCGCCUCGCCGCCAGACCUGCCUCUGCCCCCGCCUCCACCGCCCCCACUGCCGAAGCCUGAGCCUGAGCCUGAGCCUGAGCCUGAGCCUGAGCACCACCCCUACCAGGAUCUGCUGAACCCCGACCCUGCCCCGUACUGCCAGCUGGUGCCCGCGCCCUGA